UAGUUGCAUCAAAAACUUCCGGUACAAAUUUUCACGUUUUAAAAACGUAAAAUCAUGUAAAUUUAGGAAAUAUCAACCAUCGGCAGGAUCAAGGCGAUGACUUAUUAACGAUAGCUUAAAAAACACUUGUGAUCUAUAUCUCCAUUCCAGUUAGAAUGUCAAGUAAAUCGAGAAAGAGAUCUGGAGAGAAAGAAGACUCCUCCUCAGACGAAGAAUAUGUACCUUAUAUUCCUAUCAAACAAAGAAAAAAGAUGCAGAUCCAAGAGGCUGAGAAAAGAUUGGGAAAAGUCAAACCAAAGGAAGAAGAGAAAUCAGAAAGUAGUGAUGAACCAGAAGAGGAAGAUACUGGACCUAAGGCACAUGUCAGCUUACUGGAUCAACACAGUGAACUCAAGAAAAAGGCACAAGUUAGAAAAGAAACAGCUAGAGAAAAGAUGCUGAAAGAAGAAGCAAAGAUUUUGGAAAGUGUUGCUGAGAACAAAGCUUUGAUGGGUGUGGCUGAGUUAGCCAAGGGAAUUCAGUAUGAAGACCCAAUAAAAACAGGGUGGACUCCUCCCAGAUAUAUCUUACACAGAUCUGAACAUAAACAUGAAGAACUAAGGAAGAAAUACCAUAUUCUGGUGGAAGGAGAGGACUUGCCACCUCCAAUAAAAUACUUUAAAGAAAUGAAAUUUCCUAGGGCCAUAUUGAAUGCCAUGAAACAUAAAGGCAUAACUAAACCUACACCUAUACAGAUACAAGGCAUUCCAGCAGUGUUGUUAGGUAGAGAUAUGAUUGGUAUUGCCUUUACUGGGUCAGGGAAAACUAUGGUAUUCAUCCUUCCCAUUAUUAUGUUUUCACUGGAACAAGAAAAGAGACUUCCAUUUAUAGAUGGUGAAGGUCCAUAUGGAUUGAUUAUAUGUCCUUCAAGAGAAUUAGCAAAGCAGACAAGUGAAUUGAUCAGUCACUAUUGUAAAGCUUUAUCAGCAGACGGCUUCCCAGAGUUAAAGUGUGGUUUGUGUAUUGGUGGAGUUCCCAUAAAUGAUCAACUCAGUAUUAUUAAAAGAGGAGUCCAUAUUGUAGUGGCGACCCCUGGGAGAUUAAUGUUAAUGUUAGAUAAGAAGAUGAUGACAUUAGACGUGUGUAGAUAUUUAGUGAUGGAUGAAGCUGACAGAAUGAUUGACUUAGGAUUUGAAGAAGAUGUUAGAACAAUCUUCUCAUAUUUCAAGGGACAAAGGCAGACUUUGCUGUUCUCUGCUACUAUGCCUAAAAAGAUCCAGAACUUUGCCAGGAGUGCUCUUGUUAAACCUGUGACAGUGAACGUUGGAAGAGCUGGUGCCGCUAGUCAGAAUAUUAUACAGGAAGUGGAAUAUGUGAAACAGGAAGCCAAAAUUUGCUAUAUCCUGGAAUGUCUACAGAAAACAUCUCCACCUGUGUUGGUGUUUGCUGAAAGGAAACAAGAUGUAGAUGCCAUUCAUGAGUAUUUGUUACUGAAAGGAGUAGAAGCUGUAGCUAUUCAUGGUGGCAAAGACCAAGAAGAAAGAUCUCGAUCUGUAGAACAGUUUAAGAAGUUUGAGAAGGAUGUCCUUGUAGCCACAGAUGUGGCCUCUAAAGGGUUAGAUUUCCCUGAGAUUCAACAUGUCAUUAAUUAUGAUAUGCCAGAAGAUAUAGAAAAUUAUGUUCACAGAAUAGGAAGAACGGGAAGAUGUGGUAAAACAGGAAUAGCAACAACAUUUAUUAAUAAAGCUGUUGAGGAGUCAGUACUGUUGGAUUUGAAACAUUUAUUGAUCGAGGCAAAACAAAAAGUCCCACCAUUCUUAGCAAACAUGGAGUCAGAAAAUGAGAAAUUUCUGGAUAUUGGAGGUGAAGUUGGUUGUUCAUACUGCGGAGGUCUUGGUCAUCGUAUUACAGACUGUCCUAAACUGGAGGCCUUACAGACUAAACAGGCACAGGGUAUCGGUCGCCGUGACUACCUAGCAACAGGAAGUGCUGAUUACUGAGCAGAAACUUUGCCAGAAACAUCAAAAUGGAAACUUGUUCUCAUACAGAUAUUUUGAAUAACAAGAAACUUUUUGUUGUUAUUCAGCAUUUGUUAACAUAUUUAUUACAUUGAUGUAAAACAGAGGUGCAAAGUUCAAAGUUUAAAGGUUACAUUCAGUACACCUAUUAUAAAAUAGCUUAGAAUUACAAGAACUUAUUUUCUAAUAUCUUGAUAUGGAAACAACAAGAUACACAUUGCAUGCUCAGUUUGUAGAUAUGCAAAUCUGAUUAUAGAAUGAGUUAAAACAAGCAACUCUUUAUUAAAAAAUCUUACAAGUUUUAAAAAGAUACUUGUACAUAAUAAAAAGUUCAGUAUAACUUA